GUGCUGCAUUGUGAAUUUAAUUAGAGCUGCUAAAAAUUCAAAAGGAUAACUAUACGGAAAAUCCACGACAUAUAUAUUAUAUGUUCAAGAGUAAUGUUACAAGAGUGACUUUUAUCACGAUCGAAGGAGACGAUUAAGUUAUAAUGCAUGUGUUGAGAAUUCAAGUGUUUACAUCUGGCUGAUGCGACCUUUAAAAGUAAGACAAUUCUUCCGAAAAUUAGGUAUGGCAAGUGAAAUUUUAAGAAGGAAAGCGCAAAAUCGGACAUUUCCUGGCUUUGAGAAAGAGCAAAAUAAAGUAUGGAAAGGCCCCUUUUUUUUCAUUCAAGGAGCUGACACUCAAUUUGGUAUGAUUGACACUUAUAUUAAGCAUCUUCCUAAUCCUGCUUGGGAUAAAGAAAUAGACUUAGCAAAGGAAGCCAUUGAAGCGAUUAAUGCUAUGUCCCCUAGACCACGUUUUUUCAUAGUAUGUGGGGAUCUCAUAGAUGCAAUGCCAGGGACUAAGUAUCGUACUGCGCAGGAGGAAGAUUUCAUCCGUGUUUUUAAAGAAUUACAUCCUGAUAUUCCUCUGGUAUGUGUAUGUGGAAAUCAUGACUUAGGAAACACACCAACUCCAGCAACUGUACAAAGUUAUCAGGACAGAUUUGGUGAUGAUUAUUUUACCUUUUACUCUGAAGGUGUAAUGUUCAUAGUACUUAAUUCACAGUUCUUUGAAGAUCCUAGUUUGGUGGAAGAUUUGGCACAAGAACAAGAAACUUGGUUGGAUAAACAAUUAGAAGAAGCAAAGUCUGGGAAUUAUAAGCAUGUUAUAAUAUUCCAACAUAUUCCUUGGUUUUUAAAGUGUCCUGAUGAGAAAAAGGAAUACUUUAAUAUCAUACCUGAACUUCGAAAGAAAAUGCUUGAAAAAUUCUAUGAAGCUAAUGUUAGAGCAAUAUUUUGUGGCCAUUAUCAUCGAAAUGCUGGAGGUUUUUAUAAAGAUCUGGAGGUAAUUGUUACGUCAGCUGUAGGAUGCCAGCUUGGAAUAGAUAAAUCUGGAUUUAGGGUUGUGAAAUUAGGUGAAAAUUCCAUUGAUCAUAAAUAUUAUGCAUUUGAAGAUGCUCCUAAAACCAUAACUUUUGACUAAAAAUUUUGUAAGGGAAAAAAAAGUCCUGCACUUAAAUGAACUGAAAAUUUUAUAGAACUGUUACAUUUGUUAACAUGCUACUUUUCUACAAUAAGUUCUUCAUUUAGAAUGUGAAGAAGAUGUAUGGAAAAAACAAUAAUCCUUUAGAUUUUUACAUUCAAGAAUCUAGUCCUUAAAGUUAACAAUUGUGAGAAAAAUAUUUUUCAAGAUUUUGCUGAAAAAGUUGAAUUAAAAGCAUAGUAUUAAAGGAAAGAAGAUAUUAUAUAUAUACUUACUUAAUUUCAAAAAGAUUAUUAUGUUCUUUAGCAUUUUUAAAUUAAUAUAAUUGUUUUAUUGUAUCUGAAGACUGAACAAAAAAAAAAAAAAAAAAAAAAGACUGAAGAAAUGUAUAAAAAAUAUAAAAAUUUUUUUACAUGUCUUUUAGUACACUGUUCGUCAGUUUAUGUUUUUCAGUAACUACUUUUUUAUAUGAUGCUGGAAUAGUGGAAUAAUGAAAUAUGAAAGUAAAUAAUUUGUAAUUGAAAUAUUUAUAGAAAGUAAUAAAAUAUAGAUUUUUGCUAUAUGAAAGCUCUUGAUAACAUAACUAUUUGUAUGGAAUAUAUUUAACAAAAUCUAAAACAUUUUUUAUGAUUAGGCAUAUGCAUCUUUUAUGAUGUUUAUGAAAUUAGUUAUUACUUUCAAUUAUUAAAUAAAAAUUUGCAGGAACUAUGGCUCUUGCAUUUACUGAAUAGUUAGAAUAAAAAAAUUCUAAAAUUUGAUGUUCGUAAUUAUUUUUGUCUUUCAUAUUCUCACAGUUUAUAUAAUCAUUGUAAUAAAAAUUAUUUAUUUUCAUAUGUAAUAUACUAUUCACACUAUUUGUUUUCAUAUUUCCAGAACAAUUUUUGUGUGUAAUCUUGUUGCAAGAAAAGAGGUUAAAAUGAAGAUUUGUGAAAAGAUUUUUUAAAAAUCUAUUAGUGAAUUUUGUUACAUUUACAAAGUGCUUUAUAAUAAACAUAUAUUCUACUGUUUAA